AUGGCCCCCCCGACCAUGCCAGCUCGAGGCGAUCGAUCCGCACCCACUUUCGACCCCAGCCGACCACGCACUCUUCGCCGAUACUUUGCAGACCUUGACUUUCACUUUGUUCGUUCGGCAGUCAACAGCGACUUGGAGCGGAAGAGACACGCCUGCCGAUUCGCCGAUCUUGACACCUCCGACCUCUGGGAGUCCCUGCCGACCUUUUCGGACCACGCGAAGACAUACCAGGACUUCUGUGACUCUGUGUACAAGCUUUAUCCUGCCGGAUCGGCAUUGGCUCACUGGGGGAUCUGGGCGUCUAUUACCGAAGAUUUCUAG